AUGUCAAUUUGUAAUUCGUUUCAGAUACUUCCUUCCACAAAGCAUAUACACAUCGACAACUACCGAGUGUUUGGCGUUCCACUUGAGGUUUUUAUAUUCGUUGAAGGAGGCGCGCAAGAAAGGAAGGACAAUGGAACCAAUGGGACAAGUUUAGUGAGUGCUAGCCCAAAUAUCAGCCUCUGCCAAAACGCUUUCAAAGAAACUGAACCAAACAUUCAUCGGAGGGAAACGUUGUGCAAGAAUAAAACUCCACUGACGCUUGAAAUUAUUUUGUCAAAUUAUCAAAUGAUCGAGUAUGCUAUGUUGUUAACAAAAUGUGGCAGAACGAAUGAUUUGAUAUUAUUCAGAGAGGGCAACUCAGAUUUCAUCAGCGUACAUGUACAGUCCAAUGAAUGUGAAACAGCUCUACCACAGGAAAAAAUCAAUGUGUCAUUUUCAUCAGAGCAAUUACGUUGA